AUGGAAGCUUCUUUUAUGAGGAUUACAAUGGAAUUAAAUAGAUGUGAGAAUGAAAGUACACAAGCAAUUAAUGCCCUUAAUGGUAUAGUUAUGAAAUGGGAAUCAAUUAGAACGGCUUUUCGCGAAUAUAAGAACAAUCUUGGCUCUCUAAGCCAAUAUGCAGGGCUUCAAAGUAAAUUAGAAAUGGAACAGCUAGUAAGCUGUGAUGCACUCAUUGCUGAAUUAAACAGACAAUUAGUUUUAUAUGAACAUUCACUUACUCAAUGCAGAGGUACGCUUGUAAAAGCAAAAGAUAUGUUUAUGACUAAACCAUUGGAUGUUGCAUGGUCAUUUCCACCAGAUACAAAUAGUAUUACUGAAAAAUACGAAGAAGCCUGCCAAGCAAUCAAUAAAGCAGCUGCCUCCAUAGAAGCUAAGAAAUUAGCUCUAUAUUCUGUAAAUCAAAGUGAAAAUCUUUAUGAACCAGAAUCAGUUCUUAAAUUUAUUGAAGAAUGGAAGAAAGAACCUAAUUACCUAUAA